GUCUUCUCCCUCUUUCCCUCCCCGCCUCCACCUUCGACGCCGCUUCUUGAGUCUCAGUGGAGGAUUCCCUUCCGAGUGACGAGUGAUGGGGAUCUUCGAACCCUACCGAGCCAUCGGCUAUAUCACCAGUGGCAUCCCUUUCUCCGUUCAGAGACUCGGCACUGAGACCUUCGUCACCGUCAGCGUCGGCAAAGCCUGGCAGAUCUACAACUGUGGCAAGUUGAAUCUGGUGCUUGCUGGACCUCAAUUGCCGAAGAAGAUCCGGGCUCUUGCAUCCCACCGGGAGUAUACUUUUGCUGCGUUUGGAACGGACAUUGGUGUUUUUAAGCGUGCCCAUCAGGUAGCCACAUGGAGCAGACAUGAAGAGAAAGUUAAUUUUUUGCUCUUUUUUGGAGAACAUGUUUUGAGUUUGGAUGUAAAAGGUAAUGUUUUCAUAUGGGCCUUUAAAGGCUCUGAAGAUAGUCUUGUGCCGGUCGGGCACAUCCAGCUUGAAGAGAAGUUUUCUCCGAGUUGCAUAAUGCAUCCAGAUACAUAUUUAAACAAGGUUAUCAUUGGUAGUCAAGAAGGUUCAUUACAACUGUGGAACAUCAGCACAAAGAACAAGCUUUAUGAAUUUAAGGGUUGGGAUUCCCCUGUUCACUGUUGUGUUGCCUCACCUGCUCUGGAUGUGAUUGCUGUGGGUUGUUCUGAUGGCACUAUCCAUGUGCACAAUGUCCGUUAUGAUGAAGAGUUAGUUUCAUUCACACAUUCCUCUCGUGGUGCUGUGACUGCCUUGUCAUUCAGAACUGAUGGUCAGCCACUUCUUGCCUCUGGAGGUUCUUCUGGCAUUAUAAGCAUUUGGAAUCUUGAGAAGAGAAGGCUUCAGUCUGUCAUUAGGGAUGCUCAUGAUAAUUCGAUAAUCUCACUCCAUUUCUUUGUCAAUGAACCUGUUCUUAUGAGCUCUGCAGCAGAUAAUUCAAUAAAGAUGUGGAUUUUUGAUACCACGGAUGGAGAUGCUCGGCUUUUGCGGUUUCGAAGUGGUCAUAGUGCUCCUCCAUUGUGUAUAAGGUUCUAUGGGACGGGAAGACAUAUUUUAUCUGCUGGACAGGACCGUGCCUUCCGUCUUUUCUCUGUAAUUAAGGAUCAACAAAGCAGAGAGCUUUCUCAGCGGCAUAUAACUAAAAGGGCCAAAAUACUUAGUGCAAAGGAAGAAGAGAUCAAGCUGAAGCCUGUGAUUGCAUUUGAUUUUGCUGAGAUCCGUGAGCGUGAUUGGUGCAAUGUUGUCACGUGUCACAUGGACACUACAAAGGCCUAUGUAUGGAGACUGCAAAAUUAUGUUCUUGGUGAACACAUACUCACACCAUCGGCUGACAAUCAAACCCCAGUCAAGGUGUGUGCAAUCAGUGCAUGUGGCAACUUUGCCAUUUUGGGCACUGAGGACGGUUGGAUUGAAAGAUUUAACCUCCAGUCAGGUUUGAGCCGUGGCUGUUAUGUGGACUAUUCUGAAGGAAAAAAUAAAGCACAUCAAGCGGAAGUGGUUGGAGUUGCUUGUGAUGCUACAAAUAAUGUUUUGAUAAGUGGAGGUUACCAUGGGGACAUCAAGGUGUGGGAUUUUAAAGGGCGGGAACUUAAAUCCAGAUGGGAAAUUGGCCAUUGUGUUAAUAAGUUUGUAUUUCACCGAACUAAUGGUCUUUUAGCUGCUGUUGCUGAUGAUAUGAUACUUCGUUUGUUUGAUGUUGUGGCUCUACGAAUGGUCCGCAAAUUUGAAGGUCAUACCGAUCGUAUCACUGACCUGUGCUUUAGUGAGGAUGGGAAGUGGCUGUUAUCCUCUAGUAUGGAUGGAAGCCUUAGGAUAUGGGAUGUGAUUUUGGCUAGACAAAUAGAUGCAAUACGUGUUGAUGUGCCUAUAACAGCAUUAUCUUUAUCUCCUGCUAUGGAUAUUUUGGCAACUUCACAUGUUGAUCAAAAUGGCGUUUACCUCUGGGUCAAUCAGGAUAUGUUCUCUGGUUCAUCCCAUAGAAAUUCCUACGCAAGUGGUGAAAAUGUUUGUAGUGUUCAAAUGCCCUCUGUGUCCGCAAAAGGAGGUGAAGCAGAAUCAGUUCACACUUUGAGUGAUCCAGAUCAAAUAAGAAACAAACGUUCUGCUUCUCAUUUUGAAAGCCGGUUGCCCAAUCUUAUUACAUUGUCCUUGCUUCCCAAGAGCCAGUGGCAAAGUCUGACUAAUUUAGACAUAAUAAAGAUACGUAAUAAGCCAAUUGAGCCACCAAAGAAACCAGAAAAGGCUCCUUUCUUCUUGCCCACAACUCCCUCACUCUCAGGGGAGGUAUUGUUUAAAUCUGAUGUGGUUGUCACUGAUGAAGUGAAAGAAGCAAAAGGCAAUGAAUUAAAGCCGAAUAAACAGAAGUCGGACUUGUCCUCUCCAUUUCUGCAAUUGCUAAAUUCUUGCUCAGAUAAACAGAAUUAUUCAGCGUUCACAGACUACAUUAAAGGUUUGCCCCCAUCAACUCUCGAUGUUGAGCUCCGGAUGUUACAGAUAAUAGAUGAUGUAGAUAUGGAGAAAUUAGAUCAAAUGCCAGAAUUGCAUUCUAUUGCACUGUUAUUUGAUUACUUCAUACAUGAGGUUUCCAAUAUGAACAACUAUGAAUUCAUUCAAGCGGUAAUAAGAUUGUUUCUUAAGAUUCACGGUGAAAGUGUAAGACGUCGACCAGUAUUGCAGGAAAAGGCAAAGAAGCUCCUGGAAGUUCAAAGCCUAGUUUGGCAGAGACUAGAUAAAAUUUUCCAGGGUGUUAGAUGCAUGGUCACAUUCCUCAGCAACUCACAGUUGUGAUAGGUUCAGGACGACGACUUCCCGGAACUCCAAUUUUGAAUGAGGGGAGUGUAUAUUAUGUAUCUCGGAGGCAAAAUUUUGACAGCAAGUAGAGACUGGAGCGGACAAUUCUAAGCUUAAAUGACAAGGAGGUGAACGACAUUUUGCCGGAACAUGUUUGACUUAUUGUGUGUGAUGUUACUCAGCUGAACAGAAUCCUUUAUGAGAAUCAACACUUGCUUGUCCGAGCAAGGGCACGCUCCAUCAGUAAAAGAAAAGUAAAGAAAAGCAUGUACUACCUUAUCUCUUAUCUCUUUAUUAUGUAGGUUGUAUUGGUGGUGGUAUUAUUUGUUUGAUUUGACUUCUAUUGAAAUUUCAAGGAAAACAGUAACAUCAAGUGCGGCAUGAUUUUUCACCA